AAAUUUUCCUGCGACAUUGAGUAUGUUCUGAAGAAGCGUUGAACGCGUUCGUUAAAAAAGCGUUCAACUGAACUGCAGAUCAACCUCUUUAUUGCGAUUGUAUAUCGCGAAGCGCGCGCGAGACUGCCAUCUUGCCUAACCUCACUAUCCACGUCCAUUGUUUGAAACUUUAAACAUCGUUUUUUUAACAUGCAGUAUUGUUCUAUUUGAUAUUUCUGCAAAAGUCGAAAAAAAGGAAACGUCCGAGUCGAGAUAUUGCAAAAUUGAACUUUCAUCUACGGCCGGCGUUAAGUUCUUCGCCAAGAUUUUUAUGUGUGCGCCUCAUAAUUUGCUACUAUGAAUGACGCGGACGAUGUUAUGACAAGCAUAUACGACACCUUGUUAAAUUUACGAUAUCCACACAUUACUAACGUGGAAUCGAGGGACCUGGAGGCGACGAUUCUCAGUGGCGAAAAUCGGAUUUCAUUACUUUCCUGGCUUCUGACGCUUCUGACGGAGAAGUCAUCGUCGAUUGUCGUUCAUUUGGGAGAGCUGAGGAAUGCUGCUUUGGAAGAUCAAUUAUUCGAAUAUUACUCGCAGAUUGGAAUCUGCGACAACAAGGAUGUAUUACUGGGUAAAUGUUCCUUGAAAGAGCAACUGCCAACUUUAAGAUUAUUGCUGGAUUUUAUGAGAAAGGUAUACAUGGAACCUUUUGCAAGUACAAAUGAGACAGAAGGGACACCUACGGAUAUUAUUAAGCUGUGCAUCGAUGAUGCUGACCAGGCUUCCUCUCUUCCCGUCGUUAAACCACAAAUAAGUUAUGUAGAAGCUAUUAAAUAUUUUGAAGAAAGUGAGAAAGAGAUGUUAAAUAAUGAUUGUGGAGAAAUUAGACCUAACUUACUUGAAGACUUACACGCAGAGACUGAUGAUAGACUGGUUAACGAAGAACAGGACGCGCUAUUUGACAAAGAGAAAGAAAAGUUUAUGGAAGCGUUUCACACGAUUUCAUCUUGGCCAGUGAAAGUUAAGAGUUUAGAUAAAGAUAUCUCUGAUUCUAUUUGUUCGAACAUUAAAAGUAUAUGCUCGGAUUUUUCCUCUUUGAAAAAGGUACUGCAAGCAAAAGAAGAGAUAUCUAACGUGAAAUUAGCGAAGGGAUUACCGAAGACUGCCGCACCUUUAAACGCAAUUAUAGAAAAUAUAGUCAUUUAUAAUGAGGAACUCAGGAAUCUAAUAAGCAACAUUGAAUAAUUUCGUAUUUAUACUCGUGUAUGUAGCCCCAUAAUUGUUUAGUGUAAUUUAUGACGCUCUAACCGUUUGUGUAAUAUACAAAAGAACAGAAUUGCCUAUUUAUAUAUAUAUAUAAUUGUACUACAAACUCUGUUAGCAGAGGGAGAUGCUUUGAUACCAAGAUAAAAAUAAAAUAAUUAUAUAGGUUUUUAA